GUCGCCGCUCCGCCGAGGAACCACACUGCGAGCACAAGGCCGAGCGCCAAUAAGUUAUGAGUGUGCCGUAUGGUUGUAAGCCACGAUGAAUAAGCGCUUGCUGUGACCCAUGAUCAUCUAUUGAGAUAUUUUAGCGACGGAUUCAGUGCCUGGGAAUAAAUAUAUGUAAAAAAGAAAUCGAACAUAUCGAAUGUAUGACUUAACAUGCAUCGUAACAGCAAUUUAUUAGAUGCCAACGGUUAGCUCGACAAGCAAAGGAUGAGUCGCCUGCUGUUGCUGCUGGGCCUGGUGGCCGCCAGCUGCGCCGCGCCGCAGGAGCUGGCUGACGGCUACCUGCCGCCGGAGUGUCCGGAGCCCAAGGAUGCCACCGUCACCAGCACGGUGGUGUCGAGCUCGCAGUAUGAGCGGGUCCGCACCAGCAUCCAGCAGCAGAUCGUCACCGUGACCCGCACGCAGACCAAGGUCGAGCCGCGGCUGACCACGCUGACCACGGCCGUGACGCAGACGGUGCCCGUCACGCAGACCAGCAGCACGGUGGUGACGCAGACGCAGAGGAAGCAGGUGGUGCGCUCGGUGCCGGGCCCGGUGGUCACCCGGCGCGCCACCGUCACCUCCACGCAGCGGGUGGUCAGCACCAACUACGUGACCCGCACCGUGACCAGCACACAGCUGGUGACCAGCACCAUCCGGCAGACGGUCACCAGCACCGUCACCGUCCCCGUCACCACCACCGUCACCAACAUCGUCUCCCGCAGCAGCGUCAUCACCCGGCGGCUGCCUGACCAGACCCAGGUCAACACCGUCACCCGCACCCGCACCGUGACCAGCACCAGCACCCUGCCCGCGCAGACCGUCACCAGCACCGUCUCGCAGACGAGCACGCAGACGCGGUCGACGACCGUGCAGCCGCCGCCGCGCACCGUGUCCACUAUCUCCACACGAGCGCUGGUCACCACCGACCGCGCCACGCAGACGCGCGUGCUGACCAACACGCUGACCUCGACGCAGACGACGACCCGGACGGUGACGCAGACGGUGACGUCCACGUCCGUGGUGCAGCAGGUCAGCACGGCCACCUCGCAGGUGCAGGUGACGGCCACACAGACGACCCAGCGGGUGGUGACGCGCACCGUCACCAACACCGAGUACCGCACCUCGGUGGUGACGAGCACCAGGUCGGCGGCCGGGCGCACGCAGACGUCCACCAACAUCCAGGUGGUGACGGUCACGCAGCCGCUGCCGGGCACCACCAAGACCGAGUACAGCACCGCCGUGGUGGACAGCGUGAUCCGCACGACCAGCAUCCAGGUGCGGCCCGUGGUCACGACGCUGGUCAAGACGGAGACGGUCCAGGCGCCCUGCGGAUACAACUACGACGAGCCAGAGAAGAAGUUCGAAUACUAAGCGGGCCCGCGCCGGCACAGUCCGUCUAUCAUCCGAUACCGUUCGGGGAGCAGCUGCCUGCGCCACCGGACGGUGGCGGCACGCACUCUCCAGCUCUUCACUGAAUUCAUUUAUUGGAGCAUAAAUUAUUGUCAUGGGGUCAAAGACGAUCAGCAGGCGCAUAUUCAGCGUGGUGUGUGAAAGGGCAGCGUGCGAGGUGUGUACUGGACACGUGGCGACAACUGCAGUGAUAAUACAACGUACGA